AUGUUUGGAAUUGAUUAUCUGUUCAAAGAAUGGUCUGAAGAGGAGUUUAAGGGCGAAAUUGUCGUAAUGUCAUACGAAAAACACAUUUAUUUCGGUUUAAAAGCGAUAUGCCACGCUAUAACGAAGUACUGUUCCUUCCUAACAUCCAAAAACCAAGAUUACAAUAGCUGUGCUUAUUCUAUGAAGGUACUUGAUCUCAGUGAUGAGCGUGCGACUCAGGGAUACUACGAAAAGAUAGCUGCGCGCGGUAAAAUGCUUAAGCAUCUGAACAGUGAAAUUCAUGAGUGCUGGUAUGGUGAACCAACGGUUGUGACCGAGGAAUGUGGUGAAUAUAGCGUAUCUACGGUCACAUUUCUGUGUAUGAUUCUGAUACUUGGUCUUGUUAUGGGAUUUUUCUUUUACCAUCUGAAAAGACGAAAAGAUGAACUUUUGGUUAUGGAAACGGUGCUGGAUGAGAUGUGGAGUGAGGAAAGCGAUGAAUCGGACGAAGACGGUUCGAUUCUGAUACAUCCUAAAAAUGUGCAUGUAAGGCGGAUCUACGAGUACCAGAGCGAUGAAAUGGGUUAUUGCAGCUCGUCAAACAUGUAA